UAUAACUCAAUCAUGGCAUUCCAACAUGUUAUGUUCUUCACACUCUCCAUCUUACUUCUUCAUUUUCUUAAAUUUUCUAAUACCUUUGACUUCAAUUCCACAGUUUCCUUAGACGGUACCGGAAACUUCGUUAAAAUCAGUGACGCCAUAGUCGCUGCACCGAACUUCACUACCACCAGAUUUUACAUUCACAUCAAACCCGGAAUCUAUAACGAACAUAUUGAAGUUCCAUUUCAAAAAACAUUCAUUUCGUUGAUCGGAGACAACGCUUCCACAACAAUCAUCGUUGAUAAUCGAAGCAAAGCCGCUGGAUUCUCCACUUCAAAUUCAGCUACUCUAACUGUAAAUGGCGCAAACUUCAUGGCUAAGUUCCUCACAUUUCAAAACUCUGCCGGACCAAAAAUGGGUCAAGCUGUGGCUGUUCUUGAUCAAGCUAAACACACAGCUUACUAUAAAUGCGUGUUCUUGGGGUAUCAAGACACUCUCUAUGCUGCAGCCGUACCCCAAUUCUUCAAAGAGUGUGAUAUCUACGGCACAGUUGACUUCAUUUUCGGAAAUGGGCUCGUUGUAUUCCAAGACUGUAACAUAUACGCUAGAUUAGUAGAUAUCCACACCACGGUGACUGCACAAUCCAAAGCCAAUUUAGACGAACAGAGCGGGUUCGUCUUUCAAAAUUGCACCGUGACGGUGUCGCCGGAGAUAGCAUCGAGUAGGGAUAAGGUAUUAGUGUUUCUUGGACGGCCUUGGAGAGCUUAUUCAAUGGUGGCUUUCGUUGAGUCAUUUCUUGACAAUGUUGUUCAGCCUAAAGGAUGGUUAGAGUGGUUGGGAGUGCCGGUGAACCUAUUGUAUUAUGGUGAAUACAAUAAUAGAGGUGGAGGAGCUAACACUUCACAAAGAGUGGAUUGGCCUGGUUUCCAUGUACUCCAUAGUUUAACCGACGUUGCUAAUUUUACGGUCGAGAAUUUUAUUAAUGGAACUACAUGGUUGCCAGAAACAACCAUACCCUUUAGAGCGGGUUUGUAGAUUUUGUUAAGAAUUAAUUUCGUAAUAAGAUUACGAGUUUAAAUAGUA